AUGCAGGUGUGCGUGGACAACUCCCAUCCACUGUGGAUGUUCUUCGGUCUGCACGGAGCCGUGACCCAGCUGAGGAUUCUGGAGGAGAAAUAUGUGACCAUUCAGCCAUACACCAGCCAAGGAAAGGAUGAGGUCAGCUUUGAGAAAGGGGUCACCGUGGAGGUCAUCCAGAAGAACCUGGAGGGAUGGUGGUACAUCAGAUACUUGGGUACAGAAGGCUGGGCUCCUGCGUCCUACCUGAAGAAGAUCAAAGAGGACUUCUCUCCCCGUAAGAAGACCCUGACCGGCCCCGUGGAGAUCAUCGGCAACAUCAUGGAGAUCAGCAACCUGCUCCAGAAGAAGUCCGUCAGCGAGAAGGACAUCCAGACGGACGCCGACGCGGGAUCCGCCCCCGAACGCCACAUCUCCAAGAGCGAGAUCAGCCUGCCCGUGCCCUACAACUCUGAGAUCAACGCCGAGACGGGGCGGCGGCUGAGCGCCGGCAGAGACACCAACAGCCCCUGUCUGGGCAUCGCAGCCAGCGCCGCCCUCAGCAAAGAGCGAGGAGGGGAGGCGGGGUCUCCAGCUGUGGCCAGAGUGGCCCCCCACCGGGUGGAGAUAGGAUCUCCAAAUCUACGACAGAAGCCUCCGCCGAGAAGAGACACCAACCUGGGUUUCCAGUUGCCAAAGCCUCCAGAGCCCCCUGCUGUGGAAGCUGAGUACUACACCAUCGCUGAUUUCCAGUCCUCCAUCUCCGACGGCAUCAGUUUCCACGGAGGACAAAAGGCUGAUGUGAUAGAGAAGAACCCCGGGGGCUGGUGGUAUGUUCAGAUUGGAGACAUGGAGGGCUGGGCCCCCUGCUCUUACAUCGACAAACGAAAGAAGCCCAACCUCAGCCGUCGAAGCAGCACUUUAACUAGGCCCAAAGUCCCGCCCCCUGCUCCGCCUGUGAAAAAACCCGACUCUGAGGAAGCACCACCUACUGCUAACUCCGCCUCCAAAGCCUCAGAGCCCCCCAGCAGGCCUGUGUACGAGGAACCUGAAUAUGAUGUUCCUGCCGUCGGGUGUGAAGGUGAGUCUGACGCAGAUUCUCUGAAGGACGAUCGCUCCCUUGACGUGAAGAUCAGCAACGUGGUCGGAGACAAGUACCGUAGUUCGCCUCCGUCCUGCAAAGCCUCCCCUCCGGUCUGCAAGGCUUCCCCUGUUUUCAGCCAUCGACAACCCUCCUUUAGGUCAUCUGUUGAAGAGGUUGCAAAGGAGGAGUGUAUCUACGAGAAUGACUUCAGGGCCUCAACUUGCAUCGAGGGAACCUCAGUCAAAGGUUCCAGCGAGCCCAACUCACCACGGAGCUACCAUUCUUCUACCGUCCCACGCAGACCGUCAGGGUCCUCACCUUUAGCCGGUAGACCCAUGAAGACCAUGACCCCAGAGAUGAACAGGAGAAGCCAGACCCUGGGCAGACACAUCAACAUCAGCCACAGGUCCCAGAGGUCCCAGGACAUCAGCCCCCAUUCUUCAUCAGAUGAAUUGAGCAGAGGUUCUAAAAAAGGCCUAGGGUUCAACCGGGAUGUGGAGCAGAGAAUAGGCCAGAGUCCAUCCACUAGGCCAAAACCUUCUGUCCGACCUAAGCCUCUCCUGACCAAAUCUGAGCCACAGAGCCCUGAGAGGAUGGAUAUCACCUCCUUGAGACGCCAGCUGAGGCCUACGGGUCAGUUUCGACAUGGUCUUAAACCUUCUCAUGGGGACGACUCUGAAACAGCAUCUGUUAUCUCAUCAGAGGACUCGAUGUGUUCACGCAGUACCUCCGAUCUCUCAUCUGUUUACUCCAAAGGCAGCCGCGGUGACUCGGACUUGGAAGGCCCCAAUCUCUACCGCAGCCUGGACGCUUAUAAGAAAGUCCAAGAUUCGGAGGUUAGCUUUCCAGCGGGGGCGGAGGUGGAGGUUCUGGAGAAGCAGGAGAGCGGUUGGUGGUAUAUCCGCUGGGCCUCUGAGGAGGGCUGGGCUCCCUCUUACUACCUGGAACCUGUUCGACAAGUGGGCGAUGCUGGGGGGUUAGAAUCAGAUGGGCAUGGGAGUGGUGGAAGUAAGUCCAACAGUCUGGAGAAAAAUGAGCAGCAUGUUCUGGCCCUCAACAACAUCAAUAUUCAGGGUCUGAAUAAGCAGCAUCAAGGUUUAAGUCGGAACACGCCACCAAUUCCUUCCAAACCUCCUGGUGGCUUCUCCAAACCGUCUGGGAUGGUAAAUGGAGGGGUACGAAUGAGGAACGGGGUACGACAAGUGGCAGUGAGACCCCAGUCUGUCUUUGUGACCACAUCACAGCCAUCCAAGGAUGCACACUACAUGACCGGGUCUCUGAGACGGAACGAUUCUCUUGGCAGGAGCGAUCAUUACGGUUCCGGUUCCGCUACACUCGGUGUUCGUAGGAAUGCUUCGUUUAGCACCGUCAGGCCACAUGUGGUCGUAGAAAGUCAGACGAGGCCCGCCGAGCGCUCCGGCCUUGGCUCCUCCGGCGGCUCUUACAGCACGAGCAACGUCCAGAACGCCCUCAGCAGAGUCAGCCAACGCAACGGCAUCCCAGUGUCCACGGUCCAGCCCAAGCCGAUAGACAAGAGCCAGCUGAUCCACAAUAACCUCGGUAGGGAUGUGUAUGUGUCAAUCGCCGACUACCGCGGCGAUGAGGAGACUAUGGGUUUCACUGAGGGCACCUGUCUGGAGGUGUUGGAGAGAAACCCCAACGGAUGGUGGUACUGCCAGGUGCAGGACAGCCUGCUGCCCCGCAAGGGCUGGGUCCCCUCCAAUUACCUAGAGCGGAAAAAAUAAAACCGACCCCAAACUCCCCACCCCCCCCUCGACCCAACAUCUACUUCCCCUUGAUGUCUCCAGGAACGUGGACGACAUCUCUCCUUAAAGAAUGUCACCCGCAAUCUCCCGUAAGCAAUAUGUCCUUGAAAAUGUACAUUUAAGAGAAGGCUGUUAAAAGAAGAUGUUUUCAUUUGAUGAGGAAAGACGCUUUUAGUGCUGGUUUACUAAAUGUAUAGGUGGAGUUGUUUAAAGAUUGUACGGUUUUGGAUCGGAACCCUGGGAUGAAAAACCCCGAGUUGAGAAAAUUUGAGGACAGAGUCUUUAUUAAACAGUAUGAAUGGGAGUCUGAACCUCUUAAAAGAGGUCUGCAUCAUGUAAUUCAGAAGUGGAGCAGGGUUCUGGCUCCGCCCACCACUGACUCUGACGGCUAAUAAGUGCCUUUUGUAUUUGAUCACCUGAGUGGAGGUCCUAAACGGUGGAUGGCAUAACAGUAAAUCAACCAAAUCUUUCAAGAGUGCCAUAGGUCUACGAACACCACCAAGAAUAUUUUCACUACCGAUGAACAGCUCCAGAGAAAGAGUUGGAAGCAGAGUGUGGAGUUUGUGGACCGCUCUUAUUGGUCCAAUACGCAGAGUUUAAAGGAACAACAACCGAGUUUUAAGGGACUCGAGUCACUUGAGAAUUUACUGGUUUUUAAGCCACAGUCAUCGAUUUAAAAACAUAUAAAUCUCUUUUUAAGUGUU